AUGCUGGUACCGUACGUGGGCACAAUAUCCAUACCCAAAGAGUGCAACGUCCCUGGCCAUGAGAGGUUCAAAGGCUACAUGUGGCACUCUGCGCGUUGGAAUCAUACUGUCUCUCUCAAGGGGGAGCGUGUCGCUGUCAUCGGCAAUGGCUGCUCGGCCGCUCAAUUAGUCACACGAAUCUUCGACCCUGGUUACCUGCAGAGUCUCCAAAGCCCCAAUAUCCAGCUGACAGCGGAACCUAUCCUCGAAAUUACCGAAACUGGCCUCCGAACUUCUAAACAGAGCAUCGACGUCGACGUCAUCAUCCUCAGCGCGGGCUUCAAGAUCCAGGAUUUCUUGUCUCCCAUCAUUGUGAAAGGCGUCGGCGGCAUCAGCUUGAACGAACAAUGGAAAGACUGGCGAGGCGCACAAGCAUACAUAGGCGACGUUCGUCACCAGCUUCCCCAACUUCGGUAUCGUGUCCGGCGAGGGGUCCCAAGGCCUUCCCCGCGCACAAACCUCCUCCAAAUACCAAUUACAGGCAAGUUGUUGGACUAG